UGGUUAUAAGAAAGGCAACAUAGACAAAGCAAUGUGCAGACCCUGGUAACCGAGUGGCGUGUGUAUGUGUGUGUGUGUUGCAAGUGUGACUGUGAUCGUGCGUGCUGCUUUUUGAUCCCGUGAAAUUGCGUAUUUAUUUUGUCCACUGCAACCCGGUACGUGUGACUGGCUACGUGAGAAUGUGCAAGCUAAGGACGAUCGUAACUGCCCGAUUUUCCGCGUGACAACGAAGUACGCCUCGCCGGAUAUUUUACACGAGUCAGCUGAGCGAGGAAACAAGCAAGUGUUAUUCUUUUUUCCCUCCUCGAGUCACGUCGCACACGGGAGACACACACAGCAAGCGGAGAAGGAGAGUUGUGAGUGAUGGAGGACUUCAAGCGCGGUCUAGCGGCUUUCGUGCGCGGUGUUUACGAUUCCGUCAUGGGCAUAGGUGUAAUCCUAACCCUGCAAGCCGAGCAGAAGAAGAGCGCUGCCCAGAAAGCCGCAGAUGCGCAACCCACAACAACGCUGGCGCUACGCAGGGCCGCAGUCAUGCAGGCUAGUCUAACCUUGGGAGCUUCUUCGUCGACGGUUGAAGAGCAGCUGCAGAAUGCUCCGGCUCCAUCCCCCUCAACCCCGCAACGGACUAGGCGCGAAGAGCCGCUGCUACUGUACCGUAUGUUGCAGUGCUGUACGCUGAACGGUGGCGUCUUCAUUUGUAGCUUACUCGCCUUCGACUACAUUCUUCUUCCCGCCGUUCUGUCUCUAAUAGUCUUGCUCUUCGGGCACAGCCAGGUAUCACCGGCCAACACAAUCUGGAGCUGGUUGCGACCUCUGCUCGUGUGCACCUUUCAGGCCCUCUGGGUGCUACCACUGUUCCUGCUGAGCAAAGUGGUGAACAGCCUCUGGUUCCAGGACAUUGCGGACAUAGCGUUCCGUUACACCACCGGCGGUCGCCAGAGGUUCCUGCCCAGUCUGAGCCGCAUCCUUUCAGACGUUUUGUUCAGUGUUCUGGUUCAGACACUGUUCCUGUUCCAAUCUUUGUUCUUCGGCGCCUUGCCCAAAACCAUCCCAUGGGUCAACGAACUGACCAGCCUGGUUCACCUGAGCAUGCUGUACUCGCUCUACGCCUUCGAGUACACCUGGUUCAGCCGCGGCUGGGAGCUGCACCGGAGGCUCUCGUUCAUCGAGGAAAAUUGGCCGUACUUCAUCGGGUUCGGACUCCCGCUGGCGUUUAUCACGUCCUUGUUCGAGUCCUACUUCAUGAGUGGCUCAUGCUUCUCACUCCUGUUCCCGCUGUGCAUCCUGAGCGCCUCCGUAGUGACGCCCGUCAUUGGAACGGUCAGCAUUCCCCUCAAGCUCUUCUCUCCGUCCAUAUGGGUGUCCAAUGCCAUCUUCCGUCGGCUGACCGCAAACUGCACCGUCAAGCCGCCCGUUCGGCCUGCAGUUCCGCGACAGAAGCGGUCGGCCACCCGCGAGCUGCACAAGAAGUCGGUGUCUCCCCGCGCAUUGCGUCCAAGGACCGCCGCCACACCCAGCUGAUGGACCCACAUGCAGACACCGUGGGCGUCUUGACGUUUUCCUACGCGAGGCGGUUAUUCGACAUUCGCGGUCGCAUUCGUAAACCGCCACGCCGUUCUACGAAUGCGACUACUUCCCUCGCCAACAUCGACACAACAUUUGCCACAGCCACGAGGUCUGGGUUGCCGCAUGACCGAGGUGGCUGCCACAGUCUGUGAGCAGUUUAUGAUGUGAUGGGUGUUGCUCCUCUGGCGACUGUGCGACACGCCCGGCUUUGUUCAGGGGCACAUUUGUUUUUAACUGAUUUUUAAUUAUUGACUCGUCAUACGAGGUUUGACAGUCUCGAGAUGUGCCCUUGACUGCCACACACAAACUUUCUUUGUUUUUUUUAAAGCUGGGUGUUUCGCAAUGCUUUUUGGUCUCUAAGGUCUCGGCUGUUGCUGUUACAUUGCGACAAUGGAACAGCGGCUUGCAGACACUGCUGCGAGCAGCUGCAUACACAUAAUAUACAGGACACUGUAGAGAUUAUGUUCCUUGAUUCCUAUUGAACAAGGCAUCUUUUAUUAUCUACGGUACUGUAAUAAAAGUGCAUGUUUUAUUGUUUUCAGUCUGCAGUGCUAGUCUUUCUCAUUCCCAACAUUGGCCAUAACCUCCGCAUAAAAUGGUUUGUUAGGAAGCCCGCAGGGAACAGUUCCUUUAUGCCCCCAUGUUAUGCAAGUCUAUUAAAUAGGAAUUUGUAAUUUAACAUAGCUCUUGCAGUGACGCCAUAGGCAGACAGACCAUCAUCUUGAGGAAUUUCUUGCCAACUGAUGUCACUUACACCUUUUUGUUUUACCAAGCAAAGAGCAGUACCUACUCCUUAUUACAUUAUAUUUCUUUGUAGACUUGGUGUUGCAAACAUUGGGUCUACUGCAUGUAGACCUUGAAAGCAGCUUUGGCUGGCAUGUCGGAUGUUCUCACCUAUGUCUGCUAAUUCUUGCAGAAAUCUGAUGCUGGAGCUUGUUUGCACGCACAACUGUCGCAAUGUUUCUUUUUGUUUCUACACUUCCACGCGCCAGUAACUAUCUCCAUAUUGGCAAGCUGAGCAAGUGUGGUGUAAAAUUGCGAGUGUUGCAAUGCUGGCUGUGCUUUAAUUAGUUUUGGCUGAGCCAGCUUGGAGCACUGUAGCACGCAGUGUGGGACCACGGCUUCUUUGACCUGUACGCCAGAGUUGCAUCCGCCUUGUCUAGUUCUAAUGCUUCACCAUACGCCAGUGUGUACUCCAAGAUUCUCCCCACCCUUCUUCUAUGUACAACUUUAGAAGUUUGUUGGUAGCUUAAAGCUCGUUCGCAAGGCCUUCUGUCAAUGCUAAAAGAGGAGAGAGAAUUUCGGCACCAUUUGAAUUUCCCUGCACUUGACGAGUUAGUUCCGUCGAGUUCGUUUCUCUUGCAGAACUGGUGUAUUGUGGCCUGCUCCUCUCUAAUGUGGACCGUAAUUUCUGUGGCGUCGAGCCCCUCCUGAACAAGUUCAUGAAGUUCAUGUGAAUUGAAUGAACCUUGACCUAAGUAGACUUCAUGGUAUUCCAUCACAACCUUGCAGCAUGCGUAGCCUAAAAAUUGGGCUUAAUUAUUUUUAUUUGCUAGUUGUUGGAGCAGUGAGAUUUAUUGACACCUGAUUUCUACAAUGUCAACAUAUGCCUAAUUUUAAUUGACCUAAAAUUGCCCAGUGUAUCUUUUCUUUGUCAUUUUUGCUGCUUGUCAGACAAAAACUUGCAAACGAAAGAAAUUUAUGACCCAGGAAUCGAUCGUGCAAAAUCUCUUUCCUGAACCAGCUUUUUGUUGCAGCAUCUCAUUUCAUUGUUUAUUAUCAAGCUUGAUACAAUAUGAAAGCAGUACGGACUAUUCAUAAUUGCUCAGUUCACAUUUAUCGGCACACUAAGAUGCUCAAAACGACACAUUGCUUGGAACGACGUAAAAAAAGUUCCAGAAAGAACUACCAAAGUAAAACACGUUCACAAACGACACCUAACUUUAAGAGAAAAUGUUAUAAAAGACAUUGUUGCAACAGCCACAAUUUAACAAUGCGCACUUUUAUAUAAGCAACACAACUAUCGCAGGAGGACACCUUGGUCUAGGCAUAAAGGUUGGGAGGCAAUGCCAGUGCCUCGCUGCUUUAGGCACUGUUCUACCAUGUGUUGAUUUCUGGUCAUACCUGGAGAAGUUUCAUGACAAGCUCAAAAAGCCGCGUUCUUCAUACAGACCUUUAAAGGCCUUGCACGAAGUGCAGGAAGCACUGAAUGACAACUCGUGCACUUCACAUCCAAAGGGACACUAAAAGAUACAAUGUUAUACCAUGCAUUUAAUUGCACACUAACCUAUGAGCAUGCCCUUUUGCAUACUGUCUGGCAGUCGGAGUUUACAGAAAUCUGAAGCGCAUCUUCUUUGUGCAGACUUGCACACCCACUGCUUCCUUUAUAUAUCUUGCAGAAUUCUAUACAAGCCAAAGGUCUGAAUUGUUAAAUCAAUUUCUGUUUCAAAGAUUUUCUAAAUUCAUCAAUACCACGAAUUCAUUCCUUUCAUUACACCUAUUCUAGCAGCUGUCGCAGCAAGACAUUCCUGCAUGUAACGCGUUUCAAUAAAUUGACAAUUAAAUUGUAGUAUAGGUCCUUAGCCAACCUGUCCUUCGUAAGAACAUCACUAGGGCUUGGGACAAAUUCGUGCCAGUCAGAGCAUCAUCGGAGUUUCCAAUUUGUGCAGUUUUCACUCAUAUAAACCGAAUGUUCUAACAAUCCACCGUUUGAGGAAUGCACAGGCCACAUUUCGGUGUCCAUAGUACAUGAGCCACACCCUUAGUUCCUGUGACUUUCGUGUGCCGACCCUAUGUUUGCUGCUGCAAAAAUCACAGUUCCUCUGCUGCAUGCCGUAAAAGUCUAAUCGAGGGCGGAGUUUUCCGGCUUUCCCAGGACUGCUCGCCACUGUUUGGUGUUCCUAGUCUCGGCAUCAGGUGUGGCAUUGUGGAGCUUUUGAGCUGCUGUUUCACGGGAGCCUUGUGCUGUUCCUGGCAAGUUCACACUUGUCACUUAGCAUUCACAUGUUGUAGUUGGGCCCGCACUGCAAGUCUUUCAGGCUGUUCCACUGUUUGUCCACUUCAGUGCAAGUGGUCUUGCGCCUAUUUCGACGGCCGACAGGCUCGUACGUUCACCAGAGGGAGCGUUGCUUGGGUCCGGCACAUCACUCCGCUAGACAGUUGUCACUCUUGUGGCUUCUUUCAUGACCUCUCAAACACAGUGAUGCUUGUCCUUUGGAUAAGAUCAGGAAAUCACUACUGUUUCCGUAGUUCACAGAGUGUGGCACAUCUUCCAGGUCCAGUCUUUCCUUGAGCCUCGGGGAAACAUCACGGGAAUGGAUUCUGGUGAUGGAUAUGUCCGCAACCCAGUAUCUAACAGUUGCACUGUUCACCGUGCCACACUUUUUGCAGCUUGUACUGCUUGUAUGAGAACGCAGCUUGUACUGCUUUUCAGUUGCCAGAAGAAAAAAACUUAAAGCAUUAGGCUGCACGCUUAUUCACUAAGCUUGUACCAGCUUGUGAUGUGAAUGUUUAAUGUGCGAUAAGCACUUCGACAGCUUUCCCGAUGUAAUUACAGUCCAAGGUUUUUCACACUGACCACUGCUUAGUGUUGUCUCGCAUGUCGUCGGACAGCUUGCGGUAAAAAAGAGAAGAGGUCCACUCGCCUAACAAACGCAAGUGGCAGUUUGUGUGGCAGAAUGCCUAUUGCGACAGUUGCAUUCUGUAAUUCACGUGGCCUUGUCCCUGUGUCACAGUACAGUUUUUUGUAAUUAAGCUAUUGAGUCCAUUAUUGUGAAUGCAAGCAGCACAGAAAAAAGGCUCCUUGCACUGCAUCCCAGGGUCCUCUAAUUUCGGUUCUCCUUCAUAUCCCAAUGUUGGCGAUUAUGCUGGAACCGGCAUCUUCGUACACUGUGCUCCUAGUUGCAAGCCCCCUUCCUGCAUAAAGCAAGCAAGAAUUUCAGAAUACACAUUCGUAGUUUCCACUGCUUCAUUUAGAAGCUGCCAUUAUACGAACAGUGUGUUUGCACUUCAGGAGAAGGUUCAUUCUCUCUGCACCAAAAGCUUGGAAAUUGAAGGCGUAUGGAAAUCAUCACUUGCAAUGCCUGCAAAGUGAAACUUGAACAGUUGAUGCAUGGGCCCAUAAAACCAGAAUACGCAGUACAGUCGAAGUUCCUUCGGGAAGUAUGCCACCGAGCUUGCAAAGGCUACGAACAGUUUGGAAUAUCGAUGAACAAAAGACCCACUUCUGUCAUAGUUUCGACUAUUGCUACGAAAUAGCAUCUUUAACGUUUGCACAGUACUUUGCCAGCCUUCAUCAUCGAUUGGCUUAUAGCAACUGCUCAGUGAUAGCCAUUGGCCCUAUCUCUCAUUAGUGUCAAAAAAGAAUGUUGGGAGUGCAUUGUCCACCUGCAAGUAGCAACUAAGGGAACUGGUUAUUACUAAUAACUAAGUCAACAUAUAUCGUUGGACAUAGCAACAACAGACUGGUGUACGUAUUAAUCGUGAGGGGGAUAUGUAUUCACUCCUUCGAUGGGUCUACGCAUAGGUGUUUUAAAGAGGCAAGGAGCCGCCAGUACACUCAUUUACCGCCUUUUUUGUGUGUGCGUGCAAAGACUAUGCUUUUACUUCAAACUUGUGGUGCUUUACAUGCAAUGUUGUGUUUUGACAAGCCCUGCGAGUGGUGUCAUCUGUGCGUUGGACUGUACUUCGAACGUGAUACGCGUGUUUGUAUUGGUGCUGGUAUUAUUUAAAUGCCGAGAGCCUGUGAUCAUGUAAAUUGGUAUGUAAAUAUGAUCUUUUUUUUGUUUGUCUCAGUGGCGUGCGACUUUCUUAAGUGAGAUAGAAUCAAAUAUAUAUAAUAUGCAUACUGAUGCAAAUGGCUUGCCCGUCUGGUGGCGGGGGAAGGCCUGGAUACGAGUGUAUAAUGUAAUGUGUAUGUGUGUUGUAUACCAUCUCUUACGAGGGUGUUUUUGUUUAAAGAUGCCAUCUACUUGUUCUGUCGGCUGGUGUGUUGAAAUUUUUUUUUUUCUUAUAGUGCAAUGUUUGGGUGUUUUUAACCUUGUAAAGUGCAACGCCCUAGUCAUUGCUGCCAUGCACUCAGCCGUGUAAAAGCGCAUUUUUUGGGUAUAAAUAAAUAUGCCGAAGCUUUAUGCGCAAUC